AUGUUUAAACAAAUGUUAUGUCAAAUAUUUUCUAAUCAAUGUCAAUUAACUUCUCUUCAGCUCGAUAUAGCCAAUUUGUCUUAUGAAAUUCAUCAAAGUUUAAAUUCACAUGAUUAUCUUUUAGCAAACAAAAUUUCUAAUGAAUCUCAAUCUUACUGUAUAGCUCUACGCCGUUUGUUUAUUCAUCUCAAUUAUGCCUGUUUUCUUGAACAUAUCAUUGAAUAUGUGCCCAAUCUCGAACAACUAUCGGUUUAUUUUCGCAAUUCAUUGAUCGAUAAGUAUCGUCUUGCUUUAAAUAUUCAAAUACCGCAACUAUCAAAUGGAAAUUGGUUUAAUAAAGUACCAAGAUUGGACAGCUUUACAUUGAAAAGUUGUGUUCAUACUGAUUUUGAAUUUACUUAUUUAAAAUGGCUUCUGAAUAAUUUAAAUCACAUUACAAAACUAGAGAUUCAUUUACAUAGUAUACGUAUAUGGAAAACAGAUCAAUUAAUGUUAAAAUCUGUUAUUGAUGCAAAUUUUAUUCGUCAAUAUUGUUUACCUGAUCAAAUAAUUAAUUUAAAAUAUUUUUAUUUUUAUAUUUGUGCAGAACGUCAAUCGCCAUUAAAUAAUAUUUCGAAAAUAGUUAAUUCUUUUAAAAUAAAUUCUUUUUUUAUUGAUCAUCAAUGGACAAAUGUUCAAUGUUUUUAUGAUGAAAAUACCUUAUUUCAACAUAUAUUCUCUUCUAAUCUUAAGAAACUUCAACAUUCUAUUGUUUUAUUGUAA